AUGAAACAGCUGAAUUUGGACAUUGAGGCUGCGGGCACAACUAGAGUCACAGAAUUGCAUGAGCUCGACGAGUUCCGACAUCUUGCUUUCGAGAGCACGAGGUUGUAUAAGGAGAGAAUGAAGCAGUUGCACGACAAGAACAUUGUUGAGCGAAAUUUCAAUCCGGGAGACAUGGUGCUGCUUUAUAACUCAAGAUUAAGGCUAUUUCCGGGUAAACUCAAGUCACGAUGGUGUGGACCAUUUCGAGUGGUCAAAGUAUUCCCAUCAGGUGCUAUAGAGGUUGCCUCAGAGAAAGACUCUCAUACAUUUAGAGUUAAUGGGCAAAGAUUGAAACCAUAUGUAGGCAUGGAUGAACCAAAGGAAGUGUCAAUGAUCCAUUUGACUAAACCUCAGAGGUCGAGCGAGCCUUAA